UUGUCAAGUGCAAGUUCUAGUCAUCAAGAAAACCAUCCAGGAAGAGUUUGGGGAAUUUUUCAUGUGAUGAAGUAUCAUCAUUGGCGCCAUGUGAAAAGAAAGCAUUCACACAAAAAGCAUGAUGAUGGAAAACAUGAAGCUAGAGAUGAAAUUCCAGUGACUUCACAUGAAAUGCCUGAAAAUCAUGGGCCAAUUACAAGACCAUCCAAUGUUGAACAACAAAAGUUAAAGUCCUCUCCACGAAGCAAACAUUCUAUCAAAUCUCGGUUAAAAGCGCUCGUUCAAGAAGAAAUAUACAGAAAGAAGGGUCAACACAAGCGAAGCUCAACAUGUCCAUCGAAGUCACAACUAACUCGUGCCGAUUCAAUGCAUCACAUGGACGUUGAUCCACUCAAUGAGGAGUUGCUGACAUCUAAGAACCCUAAGGCUAAUGGUGAUGUAACAUGCAAUGAAAAAUGUUUAGACUGUGGUACUGUGUUUUCUGCUGACACUUUGGAAAUGAGUAAGAUUCAUAAGCAUAAGAGACAUGACAUAGAUUCCAGUUCUCCUAAUCAAGGUGUUCGAAACGAAAAGCUUAAGUCAAUGAAUGCAAAGAUUCUUACAGCUGAUGCUUCACCCCAUCUUUUCAAGGAUUUUCUUGAUGCUUUGGAUUUGAUGAGCAAAAACAAGGAUUCUGUGUUGAAAUAUAUACAGGAACCUGAAGGUUCUCCUUCAAUUCCGUCUCCGGUUCAUAAUAAACAAGAUCUCAGAAGCAAAUCGAAACGAUCAAACUCUGUUUCGUUUCCUCUGCCGGAUUCUUCAUCAGGAAGUAAGGAUUCUAAUAAGCCUAGACAGCACAAAAUAGAAAAUUCUCCACAACGUUCACCGGAGGUUGCUAGCAAUGUGAGAAUUAAAAGAAAUUUCUUGGAUCUCAAAAAGAAGAUAAUGCAAAUAAUUGAAGAGCGCAAGAAAGAGAAGCAUCGCAUUGCAAUGGAUGCUAUAGUGGACAAAAUCCCUCAAGGAAACAAACCUUCAAAAAUUUCAAAAAAGUACACACAUGAUCCAUUGAAAGACCCCGCAAUUGAUAUAGAAGGGAAAGAAUCUAUGACAAAGAGUUAUAGCAAUCGUCUCUCUUCUUUUUCCUUUAACAAACGUCCUCAAUCUACCAUGAGAACUGAAUCUCUAAAAGAAUCAGCUGGCAGAUAUUCUCAGCUGUAUGAGACUUGUUUCAAUGCUGAAGCCAAUUGUCCUAAGGCGGCUGACACAAUAAAGUUGAAGGCAGAAGAGAAGAGUUCGGUGUUAACGACCCCAAAAACCUUUCAAAGGUUCCAUUCAUUACCUAACAUUACACCCUACCUCAACCAAAGUGAUGAUUCUUCUCUGUUUCUCUCUGCCCAAAAUUCUUUUAGGCAGCGUGAUGGCGAAAGCAUUUUAAGAAGUUUGAACAAUGUUUGUGAUUCAGACGGUGAAGUUUUGCUACGAGCUCUAGAUGACGAUGCAAUUCAAGAAAGCAUCUUGAAUGCUCUUGAACCGAAGAAAACUCUUGUAAGGAGUGAAUCAAUAUCAGAACAAGAUGUUGAUGCUUCAGGAAACUUGAGUGAUAGUGAUGGUGCUUCUUGCUCUGAACUAGUUACUGGACAUGGAGUAGAAUUUCCUCAUAUGCUUGGAGAAGCAAACUCGGUCUUCUCUUGUGACACCAACUUCAUGGAAGACACAUUUGAUCUUGAUAAGUUAAACAUAUUGGACGGUGAGCUAUUUUAUGACACCGAAUCAGAUCAGCAAGAAGUAGUUGGGAGAGGAGAUUACACUCAAAAGUUCCAAACUAUAAGUAAGCGCUUCAAUUACAAAAUUCCAUGUGUUGAAGUUGAUCCAAGCCAUGAAGGUGCAUUCAAUUACGUGAGAAAGGUGUUGGAGCUCUCUGGUUUCACUGGCUCUGAAUCUCUUGAAAUGUGGUAUUCAGAGAAUCAGCCAGUAAAUCCUUCAGUUUAUGAAGAAUUAGAAGGCUGCUUGCUUCUUGAUCCUGAUUGUUCUGGUAAUAUUGAUAAGGGUGGACAAUGUAACCAUUUACUUUUGUUUGAUAUAGUCAAUGAGGGGUUGUUGGAGAUUUUUGGAAGAUCAUAUUGCUAUUACCCUAGAUCAUUAUCUUCACUCUCCCAUGUUCAUCCAUUGCCAGUAGGAGAAAAUGUUCUAAGAAAAGUAUGGGCACUUAUUAGCUGGAACCUUAGAUCAACAUCUGAGCCUUACCCAUCAUUGGAUUACUAUGUGAGUAGAGAUCUUGCAAAAGAUGAUGGGUGGAUGAAUCUCCAAUUUGAUUCUGAAUGUGUGGCCCUUGAGCUUGAUGACUUGAUUUUUGAUGAUCUACUAGAGGAAAUUAUACGCACUUAGCUUAGCUUAACCUAAGCUUUUUUUUUCUUGUU